AUGUCGGCAUGUAACAGCAGUGUUAAGGUAGAAACUAGUGAAUGCCCUGCAAACAACAUUGAUGAAAGUCCAGUGUUUUCAUCAAAUAAAAGGAAGAGUGUUCGUGGAUCAUUUCAUCAAGGAGACUUUAAGUUCAAGUGGGCAGGAAGACAGUGUGUUGCUGUUAGUUUGGCUGCUAUGGCAAUGCACAAUGUACAAAGUGUGUUCUCAUGGGAAACCUGUGAUUUAGACAACGUGGUAAAUCUUGGUGAUAGCUUGUAUUCAGAUUUGCAUCAAAGUGGUUCAAUUACUGAUCCAACUGAAGAUAAGUUGCUAUGUAUUCCAGAUCUUCCUCAGGAAUAUGUGUUCAAAACAAAUGCGUUCAAAUUUGAAUAUGGCAGGUGUGUUUCUGGAAGUGUAGAUGUUGUUGAUGGAGAAUUUCUUAGGUCUGGUGCAUGUGUGACAUUAGCUGAUGGUUUGAAAAUUAUACUUGACAAAUAUGACACAUGUUUUUUUACCUUGAAUGGUAAUACUUGUGCCAUUAUUAAACAAAAUACACAAUUUGCUGUGGUUGAUUCUCAUGCACGUAGCAGUUCUGGAAUGAUUGAUGGUAAUGGCUUCAGUGUAGCUGUAUAUCACAAAACAUUGGCCAGUGUUUUGAGACACAUUCAGAGUUUAGCUGCAUGUAUGCGUGGACAUCAAAAGUUUUUUGAAAUAACUGGUGUUUGUGUACACCAAAUUAAAAUCAGCAAAACAUGUCACAGUCAAGCAGAAAUCUCAACUGCUAAGACUGAAACAAGGUAUUGUGUUGGUAAAAAGAGAAAAAUUCAAACUUUGCCUUUAAGUUCAGAAGAAAUGACAGAAUGUAAAGAUGUUAAGAAACGGAAAUACAAUUUUAAAGAAAACAGAGAGAUAAUUGAACCAAUUUCUAAAUGCAGUUCAAAUGCAGAUGUUAUUUGCUUAGGAGAUAGAGCUAACAUAAUGUUUAAUUUCAGUCCCUUGUGUUUUGAAACUAAACAAAAAUUAUGUAGUAAAGUACAUAUAGAGUUUCAGGGUGAAAAUCUAUCUUUGCCAUCAGACAAUGGACCAAUGGGCUCUCCUUGUGAAACAGAAAGCAUUCUUGAAGACGGAAAUUGUUUCUUUCGGGCAGUGGCACAGGUGAUGUGUGGUACACAAAAAGCUCACAGAACUCUUAGACUUGCAGUUGUGAAACAUAUGCAGUUGCACAGCUCUGAAUACAAGAAUCUCUUAAGAUCUCAAUACACAUCGAUGGAAGAUUAUUUAUCUUCUUCAAAAAUGAAGUACGUGGGAACAUGGGCCACUGAGGUUGAAAUUCAAUCCACAGCAAACUAUUUAGGGGUUGACAUUUUUACAUUUCACCUUGGAAAAUGGUUGAAGUAUAGGUGUAUGCAUGAAAAGAUGUGCAACCAAGGCAUAUACUUGCAACACUCCAAUGAAAAUCAUUAUGAAGUUGUUGUUUGUGUAAGACAAUUUGAGUCUCACGACUGUUAUAAGUUGUGUCAGAACGAAAAGGAUAAUGAUGGUAAAUGUACACACACAAGACAAAACCUAAAGGCACAGAGUGAAGUUUAUGGAGCACAGGAGACAAUAGAUAAUGUUGGUGAAAAUUCAAAUAAAGAUGCAUUGGUUAAUAAUAGCAGCUACUUUAAAAAAUAUUAUUCACUAAAAAGAUUCAAAAGUAAAAUGAAGGAAAACAAGCAAUGUAAGUAUCAUAAGAACAUGGAGUUUCAGCAACAUGCAAAAGCUGUGAGUAGGACUAGGUAUUAUAGUGAUGUGUUAUAUAAUAAAUCAGUAAAACAAGCAAGUAAACUGAAAUAUCGUAAUGAACAACACAAACAUAAACUAAACGAGUACAGCAGAAUGAAGUAUCGUUACAAUCUGCAACAUAAGCAUAAACUAAAAGAAUACAGCAAAUUCGCGAAAUCUGCAAACAUAAAAAAAACAUAA